UCCCACUGCGCGACUCAGCAAGGCAAACAGCCCCACACUCAACAUUUCCUACUCCCCUGUCUUCGCCAGCAAGCUCUUCAGCCAACCCAGUCUAACUCUUCCUCAGAACCAUUCCUUGCAACAUCAAAGAGCAAUUUCUUUUAGAAGUUCUGUCUGACGAGCCCUGCACUCAAAGACGUUGCGCAGCCAAGAAAAACCGCGUAGCGAGAGAAAUCGCGCCAGCCAGCAAGACAUCAUGGCUCCCCGCGCUCCGCUCACCGUGCGCGCGGUCCUCUCGCUCCUCGCGGCGACUCUCGCCAUCUUCGCCGCGCUGCUCCCGUCCGCGCACUCGCGCGGAAUGUCUUCCUCGUUCUACGACGCCGCGUCAGCCGACGCCGAAGCCCGCGGAUUGCGGAUGGGGCUGCAGCUCGACACUCCUCGUACCCCCCUCCACGUCGUCUUCCACGGCACGUGGGACUCUGCUGACGUGGACCGCGUGCGGGAAUACGUCAGCGCGCUGCCACCACGUGCCUUCGAGUCGCAGACUCAGCUGGGAUCCGUCGCCGUUGAUCUCAACCGCUACGCCCUCGGCGCCACGGAAGCCAUUCAGCACCAGAUCGACAUCGGCGCGCUUCCAUUUGACCGCGCCGCGCUCUACCUGCUGGUCACCAGCGCUGACGUGGCAGUAACCAUCGACGGCAAGAGCUUCUGCGCCGACUACUGCAGCAAGCACGCAUGGGUGCCGCUGCGCAGCCCUGAGAGUGACGUCAGCCAAAUGAAGGUCGUGCACGUGGGUGACGUGGCUGCGCGCUGCCCCGAGACAUGCACCUUCCGCAUCGUUGAGGCCCCCCGAUCCUCUGGCCUCCGCCACCUGCUUCGGCACCUACACUCGGCAAUCCCAGAGGCUCUUGCCGGCCUCACCCCCGAGCCUGCAUUCCGGUACCCCGAACGUCCGGCUUCCGUCCCGCCCACCGCUGCCGAGCCUGCUCCUUCCAGCGCGCCGAGCCUUGGGGUCGAGAGCCAACAGACGGAGCAGGGGGCUGCGAUCAAGACCUGUGCGGCUUACCCCUCAGAGUCCCUUGUGCUCGCUGCCGUCUCAUAUGGAAGCAACUCCACCAGCGGCAACUCCACAGGUGUUUCUUCAGGUGCCCAGGCAGGUACCCUACCCACAUGCGCAGCUGUGGGCUCCCUGGCCGUGCCUCCUACAGUUGCCGCCUGGGCCAAGUGAAUUUCAAGAUACACGAAUAAGUAACAGUGUUACACGUGUUGCAACUCCGCUAUGUAAAUAUAUGCGGAUGCCGUUACUGGGUUGAGUAAGUAGGGACGGGUUGAGUUGAGAGCAGCACAGGGAAUGCAGGUGCAUGCACCGCAAGGUGUCUGGUGGCACUGAUGCUGCCAUUUUUUGCCGUCUUUAUGCAAAUCCUAGGAAAAAUAUAGCCUUUGAUUUGAAGCUGCGCCAGCUAUUGUGAUGCUCAUACAGUAAUGAACAAAAGUGUUGAUG